AUGAAUGUGCCACCCACUACAGAGCCAUCCACAGGGCCAACUGAUACUCUAGCAUCUCUAGUUGUAGCCACAGUGCCUCCGGAUGACAUGCCUACCCAGCCAGAACCUUCCUUGGCAAUGACCCUCAUCUUACUAAUCAAUAUCUCAGUGCCUUCAAUGCCUCUUUCCAUUAUCACACCUCAUACUCCUGUCCUACGACGCAUAAUGGCGCAUAUGUCAAGAGUCAUAGACACUAGCAAGGCUACCGCCGCAUCAUAUGCUCCUGCCACUGGGACAUCCUCCACUGCUCCACCUGCGGCUCCAACCUUUUAUGCUCCACCUGCAGCCCCAAUUUUACGCCCACCACCUUCUGCACCCACUCUGCCACCACCUGCUCCUACUAGCAUUCCAUCUGUGGCCCUAGCAUCGCCUGAGUCACCGGCUGUGUCAAGCAGUUUUUCCAACGAUGAUGCGACUGCUUCGCACAUGCUAUCUAAUGCAGCUCAUUGA